CGGAACAACAACAACAUCAUCAGAUUCUGUGUCCCUUUUCCCUCCCAGGUCCUCUGCUCUUGUAAGCAACCACCGCAACCAAGAUCAAUAAUAUCCAGGCGCCUCUGCAAUACUAUCACAACAGAACAAUCAUGAUGGAGAACUUGACGUAUCUUCUUUCCUAUGGGAAGAGGAUCGACCUACCCACCACGUUUCGUGGUUGUGGCAUGUAUUGGGGCCGUGUUUUCCAGGAGAACCAGGAAAAGGAAGAACGUCGACUGGCAGCGUUACAUGCAUUAGGAAAAACGGAACGACAAAUGGCAGAAGAAGCGUUCGAGCUCUUGAAGAAAGAGCCAAGGCUCGCCCGGGUCAAGUUCAGUAAUUACUACGGAACCGAUUUGUAUCCUCUGUGGUACUUUGUCUUAUCAGGAUUUCCCCUUGACGCAAUCGAGGCUGUCUUUGAGAUGCACAAGAAGGCACUAUGGGAACCCCUGAAAGAAGAGGAACGAAGUAUGUUUCGCCCUGGCGACCCGGAUCGUGACAACAAGACAUUGAAAUAUUUUCUUUUGGAAGCUGCCUGCAAGCCAAGGUCUGGUGCAGAUGAUAAUGUGCUCGCUUUCCUAGCCAGCAAGCACCCAGAAGCCCGCUGUAUCACCUUCAACAGUGGUUUUAAGCCGUACGAAAACAGAAUCAUCGAAGGAGCGAGGAUCGACAAUGGAACCCGCCGUGCUUCUUGGGAGGCCAUUAAAGCAUUGGUACCCGAGGAUCGAUGGACCCUGCCAUUUGUCGCGAGACUCUUCUCUGUUGGGUAUGAUGCUGUGAUUCUGAACAACGCCGUUGGCAUGCUCAUCAGGACAGGUACCAGCCAAUCGGAAGAGAAUUCUCGGUUCAGAAUAGUUGGUGUCUCUCAAAGGGAUCAAGUUCUGGUGGACCUGUCCAGGGCUCAAGUCCUUGGGCGCAUCAUUAGCCUCCCAAAUUCCAGCAAAGAUUCCGUCCGGCAGCUCCUCUGCCACCCCACGCAUUGGACCCCGGAUGGGCUCAACUACACCCUCAAGUGCCUCAGACCAGCUUCCACAGUGCAAAGUCUUUGCCUUGUUAUAAAGAAUCCAGAUUCGAACGACGAAACGAUGGUGCUUUUGGAGGAGCUCUUUGCCACAAACAAGUCAAUCGCAACCCUGGAACUGGAUGUCUGCAAUUCUCAUCUUACUGCCAUUGUCAGGGGCCUGGCAAGAGCGGAAACCCAGACGAUGCAGAAGAUAAAACUGACAAAGAUGCGUGUACCGAACGUUGCCGUCUUGGGACCAUUUCUCGCUGCUGUUUCUUCGCCACUGCAGAUCAUCCUCAGUUUUGUGAACGCCGGUGGAAGCUGGGACCUAUGUCGCCAAUUGCCGGAGUUUGUUUCUCUCAAGCUGGACAGAUGCACCAUGUUCCCGAACCUGAUGGUUGAAACCCUCAGCAUUCUGCCCUUCGCAAAGAGGCCCACUCAGCUCGGGAUUGGAGAACUAUGGGAGCGCGAACCCAGACAAGGUGGACCUGUGGAUAUCACGGAAUGCUUGUCGAACGUUUUUGGCCAGGGCUACUUGGAAAGACUUUAUGUCUUGGGAUUGCCAAGCAGUCACAACCUGGAUGUUGGUGCCGUGAGUCGUGCUCUGGAAAACGACAACACUCUGCGAUUUCUGGAAUUUCAAAAGUCUCCCACCGGCGACAAAGAAGAACAACAGCUUGUGGAUGAUCUCUUCGAGCUCAUGAAAUGCAACACUUCGUUAGAGCAGUUGAUUGUUUCCAACAUUGAGACUAGGAGAGACUACACGGGGUUUUCCAAACACGUCAAAGAGAUGAGACCACGGAACUAUACUGCCCGAUGGGAGUGCACCCGCGACGAGCACAAGGCUGACCAGAUGCUUUACUUUAUGCGUUUGAACCAGUAUGGUCGCCAGAAAGUGAGAAGUGACACGACAACACGAAGGGAAUUCGUUUCGCUUUUGGCGAGAGCCCGUGGCGACUUGGUUCUGAACGAUAGCCUGGUCUACUUCAAUGUUUUGUUCGGGCUGCUGAUGGAGUACGAGCCGAAUAAGUGGCUAUCUGACGCACUCGAGAAAAGUGUGGAGACCGAGGCGACCGAGAAAGUCCACCCCAGAAACAAGACUCCUGGACUCAAGGCAACGCCUCCCAAUCGCUUGGACGGAGUCGACUUCUCGGUUUGGGAUGUGACGCUGUGCAACCCGCAGCCAUCAAACAGCGACAGUGCUAGUUCUGUCUGAGCUAUGACCGCUGUAGUUGUCAGCACAUUGGCACCUGUGCAAUCAAUCAAUAACGAGCAGCACACAAGCCUAACGACCUUAACUUGUAGCUACUGAGUUAGCGGCCUCAUUGGUUGUAACAAAGAGGAAGUAUUUAAACGCAAAAUUAGGAUGCUCCAAGCUGCUCGUUCAAU